AAUCUGUGCAGCGGGAGGACCAACCCCUGAACCUGAGUCUACCCGCCCUGCCCGCUUAUAAAUACGGCUUGAAUCGCACCGGCAAGUCUUGGUCGUCAGAAGCGCUCAGGGUUGCAGCAGAACAUCCCCCUUCGUCUUACCCCCCCUUUCAUCGUUUCUCUGUUUUUUAAGAAAAGAAAAACCCCCUCACGCGCAUCAUCCAUUUUUCCAUUCGCACUCUUUCAUCACUUUUUCUUUCCCCUCCCGAGCUGCAGAUUUGUGAUUUUUGCGGCCAGUUGCAUGCAUUUUUCGUCUCCCAAAAUGGUUUGCGAGACUAAAAUUGUUGCGGACGAACACGAUGCUAUACCUGGGACCAAAAAAGAGUCGAUCAUGUGGAGCUCCCCUGCGUCCAGCGCGGCUCUGAACCCCGACGACGCCAAGGAUGUGCGGAGAGAUGCGGUUUUUAUCCGCGAGUUCGAGCGCGGGGAUCAGGGGGAGGUGCGCCGCAUCUUUUACGAGGGUAUCAUGGAGAGGAUACCCAACACGGCGUUCAGGGGGCUCAGGCAGCAGCCCCGGACCCAGUUUUUAUACGCUCUUCUCACAGUAAUGUGCUUUUUCGUGACCAAAUCGGUCACGCUGACCUUCUGUGUGCCCCUCAUUCUCAUGGGUGCGCGCUACUACUACAGCAAGAAAGUUAUUCAGAGUUAUCUGGACUGUGCUCUGCACACGGACAUGGCUGACAUAGAGGAUUAUUACAUGAAACCCUCAG